CCCGGUAUAGGGCCCACGACUCGGCAGGGCUGCAAGGCACGCAGGGCGCAGGGCGCCGGGAGCAGGGCACAGGGCGCGGUGCCGGGGGCGUCGACGCACGUGCAACAGGAUGCCGUCGUUGUCGUCGAGGACCUCUGAGUGCGACUAGCCCGGAGAGGCGUAACCGCCAUGAGGAACGUGAAUGUGCCCCGGCCGGGCUGGGUGAACGACAGGGUGGGCGGCGUGGAUGUUCCCAAGGCCGCCGACGCCGCCGCCCCGGCCCUGUACCCACAGGGGCCGAAAGGCAUCGCCGCCACGAAGGACCGGCGCGCCGCCCUUGCGACGCCGGUGGCGCUGCCCCCCGACCUGGACCAAGAAUCUGUCACGCACAGCGAGCCCGAGGAGGAGAGCCACGGCGUGCUGAGCCAGAUCAUGCUGGGCAGCUCGCCCGCCCUCGCCCGCGCGCUUGCCGCGCGCCCGCUCAGCGCCGCGUGGGCGCCCGCCCACUGGCUGCACUCCGUGCUGCGAGCCACGGGGGCGCCCUGCUUCCUGGACAACCCCUUCUCCGGCGCGCUUAUCCUCGUCGCCAUGGCGGUGGACGAGAGCUGCGGCCCGGAGGGCGCCGGCGCCACGCUGCUGGGGGCCACCUGCGCCCUGGCCGUGGCGAUGGCCCUGCUGGGCGAGCGCUCCCUAGCCCUGUCCUCCCCAGGACUCACCUUCAACGGCGCCCUCAUCGGCGUCACCCUGGGCAACGGGACGGCCCUCCACGACCGGGCCUGGCUGCUCGCCCCCAUCGUCGUGCUGAGCGCGCUAAGCGCGUGGCUGAGCCGGGGCUUGUCUGCGGUCCUGGCGCGCGUGGAGAUGCCCGCCCUCAACCUCGCCUUCAACGUUCUGGUCGCGCUGUGGCUCGCCGUCGAGGCGUCCUGGGCCCCGGGCUGGCGCGCACCCGCGGGCUCCUACCCCGCUAACGCGUCCACCGUCGACUGGGCUCAGGUGGCGACCAGCGUCCUGAUGGCUCCGGGACCAGUGUUCGCCUGCACGAGCAUCACGUCGUGCUGCCUGCUGUACGUCGCCUUCCUCGUCUUCUCGCCCAUGCUGUUCGUCGUGGGACUGAUUGGGGCAGCGGUUGGAACUCUGAUUGGUGUGGCGCUGUGCCCCGGUGCCGAGCUGGCCAGCCUGUACGCGGGCCAGUGGGGCUACUGCCCGCUGCUCACGGCCUGCGCGCUGGGCGGCGUCUUCUUCGUCUGCAACGUGCAGUCCGUCGUGCUCUCCGCGGCGGGCGCGGUGACCGCCGCGCUCACCUACGGCGCCCUGCUCCGCGUCCUCCAGCCGCUUGGCGUGCCCGUGCUGGCGUGGCCCUUUGUGCUCUCCACGUGGAUGCUCGUGGGCAACCCCAGGUCGAGCCUCAGCCUGACGCCGGUGCCGCUCGCCGAGGUCACGACGCCGGAGGAGGCUCGGCGAAGGGAACAGCAGCUGAGGGCGCUGGACCAGCCGCCGGGGGUGGCGCUGCAGGCCGUGCACGCCCCCCGCCCCAGCACCCGGGCCGGCUUUUGGCACUGAUCUCAUCAGCAGACCACAUCAAAAACGGAUAAGUAACUCUUGGGUAUGCGCAAGUAUUCCGCAUGAUUCACAAACAUUUCGGCACGGUGGGACGAGUGCAUGGGCGGAGGGGCCGAGGAACGCACUCACCCACUCGAAACAAAAAAAAAUAAGAAAAGAAAACAGGAAGAUAUUGAGAUAUUCCAUUCCUUAGAGAAAAUGGAACAUUCAUAUAUCUGCUAAGUCUUUAAUGAAAACGGAAUAAAUCUGGGUGGAGGGGUUUUAUUAGAAGAUAUUAUUUGUAAAAUAAAUAUUGCAUACCAUCUGACUUGAA